GCUCUCAGAGGUGAACUAACAAGGCGUUGCUCCCACCUGCAUAAGUAGCAGACAGCAGAAGGGUGGAACGCACUAGAUUGUAGAAGACAAACUUCGGGAGUCAAAGGAGUUCGGGGUGCUGCUUAGCUUCCUUCGUUUCAACAGAUCCAGUUUUACUGUUCCCGCCUGAACUGAUAAAGGCCUGCCUCUCUCAGGACGCUUGUCGAGUAGCAGACAGCAGAAGGGUGGAACGCACUAGAUUGUAGAAGACAAACUUCGGGAGUCAAAGGAGUUCGGGGUGCUGCUUAGCUUCCUUCGUUUCAACAGAUCCAGUUUUACUGUUCCCGCCUGAACUGAUAAAGGCCUGCCUCUCUCAGGACGCUUGUCGAGUAGCAGACAGCAGAAGGGUGGAACGCACUAGAUUGUAGAAGACAAACUUCGGGAGUCAAAGGAGUUCGGGGUGCUGCUUAGCUUCCUUCGUUUCAACAGAUCCAGUUUUACUGUUCCCGCCUGAACUGAUAAAGGCCUGCCUCUCUCAGGACGCUUGUCGAGUAGCAGACAGCAGAAGGGUGGAACGCACUAGAUUGUAGAAGACAAACUUCGGGAGUCAAAGGAGUUCGGGGUGCUGCUUAGCUUCCUUCGUUUCAACAGAUCCAGUUUUACUGUUCCCGCCUGAACUGAUAAAGGCCUGCCUCUCUCAGGACGCUUGUCGAGGUGGUCACAAAGCACCGAGCCGAUAUCCCUGUGCCUUGUUUUAUCGAAGGAGAAGAGUCGACAAGAACUUCACAGAGGUCCUUCACGUGUUAACUAGCGGUCUUGCUUCGGGAAUCAAGACUCUGCCUUCAUUCAACCGUGGACAGUUCUCGAAGCAUAUUGGUUUUAUCACUAAGAUCAUUCUACAUAGAGAACUAAAGAACUAUUUCUUUGGUGUUGUCUCCAGAGGCGAAUUAGCCAACAAAUUGAAACUUUAAGAUUGUUGAUAAUUCAGGAUAAGUGAAUUUUAUUUGUAAAGAAAUCAUGGCUGCUGUAAUUGUACGUGGUUUGGUCCGAAUAGGCAGCAAGAAAACUAAGGUGUCCAAAGUGAGAGAAGCAUGCAUUGAAAUAGUGGAAAGAGAGAGGAAUGUUAUAUUGGUUGUCUAUUUCAAUACUGGAGCAUACGCAAGUUUUCAGCUAAGUAAUAAUAUUGAAGACAUCGACCUUAGACCCUCUGGAGAAGACCAAAAUUAUCUGCAUUUACGUUUACAGACUAAUGACUUAUUGAUUAUUGAAAAAUUAUCCUCCGGAGAUGCCGAAAAUUUGAAGAAGUUCCUGGAUAGAGUCCAUCCUCAACCACCCGUAAGACCUGAUAGGGAUGGGAGUAUCUUUGCCAGUACAACAACACAGAAGGCAGGUGGCAAAACUGCAUCUCACAAAAUACGUAAGACGUCAAGUAGUCAGUCAUUUGAGAAAGAAAGAAAUGAAACACCUGAUGAUAAGGAGAUGCCUUUGUGUGCAUCAGAAUUGUCAACAUUUACCUGUGAAGAGUUAUUAGAAAAGGAAUAUGGGAAGAGGAGGCCAUCAUCUGGCUCAGAGAUGAAUAAGAUUUUCCUGCAAGAGGAUACCUGUUCGGAAGGAACGGUAUCAAAGAUGUACCCCUUGAGAUAUGUAAGCCGCAAACAGAGAGAAUUAAUAUUAAAAGGGUUAAAACAGAAUAAGGAAUUUGAACUUGGACCUUCGUUCAAGAUCGAUUUUAGUGGAAAACAUUACCUAGAUGUCAGUGAUCUUCUCCAAAGAGUGUCUGAGAAAAUAUAUUUAGCAUUUCUGUCAGAGUUGAAGUACGGUGAGGAUGACCCAGAGUGGGGCAAACUCCAGAUGAUCUUUGACUUUUACUCAGAGAAACUAUAUCAAGGCUUCCCCAACUUGGGAAACACCUGUUACAUGAAUGCAGUUUUACAGUCCUUACUUUCGAUUCCAUCAUUUGCUAAUGAUUUACUCAAUCAGGACUUCUUACAGGGUGAAACUCCCCUUGAUGCCCUUAGCAUACGCUUGGUGCAGCUGCUUGUUUUGAAAGAUAUUUAUAACAUAAAAAUCAAGGAGAAGUUACUUGUGAAUUUUAAAAACACCAUUUCAGCAGUUGCAGAGAUAUUCUCUGACAACGCGCAGAAUGAUGCGUAUGAGUUUUUAGGUCAUUGUUUAGAUCAGAUUAAACAAAACAUGAGAAAAUUAAACACAAUUCGGAAGAUUAAGAUUGAAUCUGAGGAAGGAAAUUCACCUCAGCAGGUUUCUGCUGGUAGUGCUGACACCAAGGUGCUUGUUUGCCCUGUCGCCAGUAAUUUUGAUUUCGAGUUGCUGCGCUCAACUAGUUGCAAAUCCUGUGGGCAAAUUGUCCUUAAGGCAGAGGCAAACAAUUCACUUUCGGUCAGUCUUUCCCAGAGAGAAAAAGCACGUCCCUUGUCUAUUCAAUCUAGUUUUGAUCUUUUCUUUGAAGCAGAAGAGCUUGAGUAUAAAUGUGAGACGUGUAAGCACAGGAGUUCUGUUGCAGUGCAUAAAUUCAGUAGGCUACCCAGGGUCCUUAUUGUGCAUCUGAAACGCUAUAAAUUUAGUGAGUCUGGGUCCUUAAGGAAGGAUGACCAAAAAGUCAUUAUUUCCAAAUACUUAAAGUUAUCUUCCCAUUGCAAUGAAACUACCAAACCACCGCUUCCCUUAAGCAAGAAUGCACCUCUUACUGAUUUCCAAGUCUUAGAACUCUUUAAGAAGAUGAACUCUGAAGCCAUCAGUUCAUCGACAGCUUCAACAAAGCAGACCUCAGAAUCCAAGGAUUCUUUGGCUCCACACAUUAGAUCAGAAAAAGAGUCUGAACCACAAACAUGCCAGACUCUUCAUAAAGCUUCAAGCUUCAAGCAGCAGCAAGGAGACCUGGGAGAAGAUUCUAAACUAAAUAUAAUAGAGUCCACAUUGGUAAACUUAAGACAUAGAGCAGCCAUUGCAAGAGAGCUAUUAGCAGUAGGCUUAAUGAGGAAUCUGGAAGACAGCUCCCUUUCUCUGAAAGAUUUUGAGAGCAUGCCUGAGACCACCGAAGAAUUUUGUAAAGGUAAAAAACCCAGAAUUUCAGAAGAAUCUUACCAAGUGCCUGAAGAGACCGAGCAGUGUGGAGGGAUAAGACUCUUUGAACAAGACCUUGGUCUUCUAUUGAUUCGGAGCCUUUCAGGCCCCGAUGCCCAGUGGCACACAGAUAAAUGCAGACCUACGCAAUUAAAUUUCCAGGGAACCAAGGUGAGUUCCCGAGGUGUCUUGGGUUCCAAUAAAUAUUCUGGAAGAAAGGGCUCUUCAGAUGUGGCGAAGACAAAAUCUUCAGCCAGGAAACCAAAAAUAGAAGCCGAGAUGAGAGAAAGUCAUGACUAUCGGCUCAUUGGUAUUAUCAGCCAUAUUGGAAAGACGCCUAACACCGGACACUAUGUCAGCGAUGCCUACAACUUUGACAGGCAAGUGUGGUUCUCUUACAGUGAUCUAAACGUAUCAAGUACCCAAGAGGCCCCAGUGCAGGAGGCUAGGCUUCAAACCGGGUACAUCUUCUUUUACAUGCACAAUGAGAUCUUUGAAGAGCUGUUGGGAAGGAAAGAGAACUCCCAGCCUCAUAGCACAAAGGAAGCAGUAGUCAAAGUAGACCCAGAAGUAGUAAAAGAAGUAGCCUCCGACUCACAUACAUCUCCUUAACAUCUUUGACUAUCACUU